UCUUUUUUUCCACUGCCUUUCUCUAUCGACGGCAUUAAUUGAGAUCGGGGCUCCAAAUUGGAGCUGAAAAUGUGGGAUCAUAACGCAUGGCUUCUGAGCUUCCUCUGCGUCACAUUCAUGGCGGCUGGUGCGCUGUCCCAAGAGCCCCAGCUCGGUUCCGUUCGUGUUGUGUUCCAGACGAAAUAUGGUGACAUCGAAUUUGGUUUCUUCCCGACGGUUGCACCCAAAACCGUUGAGCACAUUUUCAAACUUGUUCGACUGGGGUGCUACAAUACUAAUCACUUCUUUCGGGUUGAUAAGGGAUUUGUUGCCCAAGUGGCUGAUGUGGUGGGCGGAAGAUCUGCCCCUAUGAAUGAAGAGCAAAGAAAAGAAGCAGAAAAGACAGUUGUUGGUGAAUUUAGUGAUGUCAAGCACGUAAAGGGUGUUCUUUCUAUGGGGAGGUAUGCUGAUCCCAAUAGUGCAGCAUCGUCGUUUUCAAUGCUUCUUGGAGAUGCCCCUCAUCUGGAUGGACAGUACGCUAUUUUCGGUCGACUUACUAAAGGUUAUGAGACACUGCAAAAGCUUGAGGACCUCCCUACUCGUCGUGAGGGUAUUUUUGUAAUGCCAAUGGAGCGCAUCACCAUCCUGUCAUCGUACUAUUAUGAUAUUGAGAUGGAGAGCUGUGAAGUGGAGAGGUCAAAUCUGCAAAGACGGCUUGCUGCAUCAGCUGUUGAAGUUGAAAGACAGAGAAUGAAGUGCUUCCCAUGAUUCUGCAAGCAUGAGUCAUUGAGUCUGAAUUCUCGAAGGGUUGCUACGAUUGCUAUGAAGUUCCCCAGAUAUUUGUGCUGUUGUAUAUGGAGUUUCGCAAAGAUCGGUUCUAAAGGCAGAGCUCCACGAUAUUUCCUCAAAAGCGAAAAACCUGUAUAUUAUUUAAGUUUAAAACAGGCCUAUGAAUAAAACAAAAAUCCAAGAAGCACGAACUGACAUUGCUCACUUUUGAGAAGAUCCUUCAGGUUGUAACUUGAAUCUUGUAGUUACGUGUAUAACAACAUGAAGGUGAUAAGUGGCCUUGGAGUUUGGGAUGGCCGAACGAAAUUGUUGGUGUUGGAACUUGGAUCAUUGAGUUAAAAAAUAAUAACGGAAGAGUUAA